CGGUGGUGGUGAAGGAGGAGAUGAAAUUCCCGGGCUCCGUCCUCGUCUCCCUCGUCCUCUUCGUGGCCGAGACGGCGGCCGCGCUGUGCCUGAGCGGGGCGUACCGCGCGGCGGGGGACCGCAUGUGGCAGUGGCUGACGCUGCUCUUCGCCCUCCUGCCCUGCGCGCUGGUGCAGCUCAGCCUGGUCUUCAUCCACCGCGACGUGAGCCGCGACCGCCCGCUGGUGCUGCUGCUGCACCUCCUGCAGCUGGGGCCCCUCGUCAGGUGUGUGGAAGUCUUUUACAUUUACUUCCAUGCUGGCAGAGUUGAAGAGCCCUAUGUCAGCAUCACGAAGAAGAGGCAGAUGCCCAAGGAUGGGUACUCGGAAGAAAUUGAGAAGGAAGUGGGCCAGGCUGAAGGCAAGCUGUGUACACACAGGUCUGCGUUCAGUAGGGCAUCUGUGAUCCAGGCGUUCCUCGGCUCGGCGCCCCAGCUCACGCUCCAGCUUUACAUCUGUGUCCUGCAGCAGGAGAUCACGGCUGCCAGAAGUGUUUUUAUGGUCCUUUCUCUCCUGUCAAUUGUAUAUGGCGCCUUACGCUGUAACAUCCUGGCUAUUAAGAUUAAGUAUGAUGAUUAUGAUGUCAGCGUGAAACCAGCCGCCUACCUCUGCAUAUUCAUGUGGAGAAGCUUUGAGAUUGCUACACGUGUUACGGUGUUGGUCCUUUUCAGUUCAGUCCUUCAAAUCUGGACUCUCCCCGUUGUGCUAGUGAAUUUCUUUGGUUUUUUCUUCUACCCAUGGAUUCUCUUCUGGCAAAGCAAGUCCCCAUUUCCCGAGAACAUAGAGAAGGCAUUGAGCAGGGUCGGCACUACCAUCGUCUUGUGCCUUCUCACCUUCCUGUAUGCUGGCAUUAACAUGUUCUGCUGGUCGGCAGUGCAAGUGAAGCUCAAUGAUCCUGACUUAAUUAACAAAUCCCAAAAUUGGUACCGACUGACUGUGUAUUACAUGCUGCGAUUCAUCGAGAAUGCAUUCCUCCUGCUGAUGUGGUACAUCUAUAAAACCGAUAUCUACCUGUAUGUCUGCGCCCCACUGUUGGUCUUGCAGCUCCUGAUAGGUUACUGCAUGGCUGUCCUCUUCAUGUUGGUGUUCUACCAGUUCUGCCACCCAUGCAAAAAGCUUUUCUCAUCCAGCAUUUCCGAAGGUUUGCUGUCCUGUUUCAAGUUCCUCUGCUUUAUUUGCAAGCCUCCCAAAUCCACCAUACUGACAGACAAGGCAGAGGUGAAAUCUGAAAAUACUGAUGAAGCAUGGAGCAGUAGCAAGACAAUAGAUUCUCAAAAGGGGAAUCCUCAUCAAAGUGUUUCUUCCAAUGCCUAGUACAACUGGAAGCAAGUAGGUGCCUUUGGAAGGUGGCAGAUCACCUGCUGGGAAUGUUGUGUAUCUUGGACAUUGUGUCUUGUGGAUGGGAUUUUUUUCUUGCAGGCGUAGCACUGCAUGACAACUGACAAGCCUACCUUUCUGGAAAACUUCGUGUAUGAGUAUGUGUAUCUGUGUGUGUUUGUGUAUGGAGAGCAAUCAUUGUUUGUAGACUUCUGUUUCAGAAUUUUUUGCACAUAGGUUUAUUAUCACAUGCUUAUUUUGAAAUCAUUAUAGGAGACAUCCUUCAAAAACUGGCCUGAUGCCCACCUUACUCAGGAAAUCUGAGGAUGGAAGGAAAUGCAUUUUAUUUCAGAUAGGAUGUCAUUAUGGCAUGCCACCCUAGCAUGGAAACAGAGCUUAGGCCUUGACUAUAUAUGGACUGUAGCUGUGGUCUGCUUUGAUCAAAUUGCAGACUUUUUUACACUCUAAUCAGUGUAAUAAGAUAAUACUUCUCUCUGUGGUUUAAGAAUUGGACUUCUACAAUGCACUGUAGUCUAAGUUGCCAAGAAACAGCCAAUUAGCCAGCACUAAUACUGAAAUGUGACCGUUACUGAGAACGGACAGAGGGGUUAUUGGCUUUGCACUGUUUUACCUUUCAUAUUUGCUGCUUGUUAGUAAGGGAAUUAAAUUUAACACACUAAUUGUGAUGUUCUGGAAUAGCUUAUUUUUCUGACCUUAUCAUUUAUCUAAUACUUUGUUUGUGAUGUUCUGGUAUUAGGGUGGUGUUCACUUUAUAUAACUUUAAAUAUCUAGAAGUUGGGCAGAUAGUGUGAACUGGUGUCAUGUAGGUGCUCUCCAGAGCACAUCUCCAGGGAGUAAUUUAACCCAUCUUAAAAUGUCCUUUAAGGCAGGUGAUAUGGAUCAUUCUCUGGAGACCUGUUACUCAGUGUUAACCAGAUGCCUUGACAAUUACUUUUGAUUCUCCGUCUCCCUUUUAGAUGGCUGAAGUUAAGAGAUGAGCACUACCCUGAUUGUCAGGGGGUUGGUAGUACAGCAAGCAGGCAACUCAGUGACUUGUUAUGUGGCGAUAAAAGACACCGAGUCCUUCUUUUUGAGGCUGUAAUAUGUUAUGGUUAGCUAAUAUCAGCAGUUCAAAACCCUCUGACUUCUUUACCUCAGAAGUAUCACAGGCUUGAAAUCUGAAAGAGGAAAUGAAAGUCAUCAACUUUUUCUUCUGUGCACUAUAUCACCACAAAUAAAAGUGUUUCUGUAUUUUGCAAGUUGCUGAGAAAGCUUUAGCAGAUGAAUGGCCAAGAAUUUGGUGGGAAUACACAAACACAACUGUAUGUUCAAAAAUUAAGUGAAAGCUUUUUGCACUUUGUUUAUUUAGUACCUUGCAUUUCUUCUGAGUAUUACACAUUAUGGCUGCUAGUGGAAACAAAUAAUUCAUGACCCAAAGCAUCUCCUAGUGUCCUAAGCUUAGCCUCUAUCCUAUUGUCGUGGAGGAUGUGAAGUUCUUCAGUAGGGAUGAAAUCAGCAUCAUUGUAUUAGAAGUGUCUCAAGUUUGGUGUCUGAGGUCAUUUAUAAUGAAAUAUGUCACAUGCAAUGCUGCAAAGAGUGAAGCUGGUUUUAUUUUUUUCUUUACUGCACUGUAAAUGAAUGUCUUCAUACUUGAGUUUUAUAAUGGAGUUAUGUUUUUUAUUUUGCUUAAUAUGUGUCUGUGUGUGGUAUGUGUAUGUAGAUCUCAUGAAAUUAUCGGUGGGUGGUAAUGGGAAUUUUUGGCCUGAGCUUGCUGUGGGAAUGUACGUCACAUAUCUGGGGAAGACACCAAACAUCCCAGCUCUAAUUUCUUUCUCUGAGAAGCAUAGAAUAGUGAAGUGACUCCUUGAAGACACUACAGCAUUCCUCUGUACUUCUGUAUGUCAAAGUACAGUAUAGUAUUUCUCUGGACUUUUCUAGAUGUAGAAGAGUAUUUCAGAUUUUUUUUGUUCAGUAGCUCGUUAAGGGAGCAAGUGAAAAUGUAACCCUUGCUUCCAAACCUGCAGAGUUCAGCACACAGAGCCAAAUUUUCAGGUGUUCUUAACUAAAACUGAGUAUCUGACUUUAUCGUUGGAUAUCCAUCAAUAAUCAGGGAAUUAUGGUUGUUGCCUAUCUACAGAUGUACCUGGGUCUGAAACGUUAGGCUUUGAAAAAAAAAGUGGCUUCAUAUGUAGAAGUACUUCAUCUCUAAAGAGAGAGGUCCCAAACUCUUAAAGCAGACUUUGGACACGGUAAGUGAUGGUGCUGUUGUGAUUUUGCCAUUUGAAAACAGUGGAAGCUCACAAACCUCAGCCAGUGAAAUGCUUGUGCUACAGUGAAGUCAACAGUAGGAGAGUUACACAGCCAGGAGUCCAGUAUGUAUACAUAGUGAGUACCAUUUCACUUCACAUACCAAUGAUGAAGACUACUGUAUAUGGAUAUUUUUAGAGUGUGCCAUAUUACUUCCUAUUUUUGUACCAAGUUCCUGAAGUGCAUGCAUAGGGAACGGAAUAUUUAAAUCACUGUUACAAGUGGGGGAAAAAAAAAUUGUAUGGGUUAUAUUACUGUCAUAUGACUUUGCCUUAGUUGUGCAGGCUAACCAAAUACAGUUUAAACACUCCAUGAACGUGAGGGCCGUUGCUUUUGCCAUCCCUCAUAUCACCACAGCAUGGAGUGCAGAUUAACUAACAGUAUUGCUGCUCUGUUUAUGUUUGGAUCUAGCUGUGCUGCCAUUGCUGGUGGAAAGAGGGUAUGGGAGGGAGUCACAGAGACAAAGAUACUUUGCUAAGACCAGUGUUUUGAAGGACAAGCUUAUUUUUCUAAAGUAUGCUAUAAUGCUAGGAGAGGCAAUCUUUCUCAGGCUAAUGACAGUCCUAGACAGCGUUGUUAUCAGUACACCCCAUGGCUGCGCUGAGAGGAUAGUAUUAGCUACGAAGGAUGUAUGUGUAUGAAUGAGUGAUCUCUUGCUGCAAGUUUACUGCACUUUUACUCUCCUCUAUGAAUGUUAGAGGCGUAUGUGUUCAGUGGAAGGGUAUAGGGCUACUGUUAAAAACUGUACUCACUUGAGUACUCCUGAGUCGCACAAAGGAUUGCUCAGUAAGGAUUAUUCAUGUGUAUAAGAGUAUGCAAGAUCUGAUAAAUAGGUUUUCUUUUAUACUUGUAAAACAACACAAAUUAAAAUGUUGAAACACUCCCUUAA